UUAAUAAAACCCUACGCGGUCUCUCCCUCUCUGCUCGUUAUUAUUAGACAUUCCAAAUCCUUUGGCUUUUAAUUAUACAGCAAACAAAAACCUUGCAUUAAUUAAAUUAAUAAUCAUUGUUGAAGAAAAUCAUGGGCAGCUGCUUCACGAAAUCUGAGCUAAUUGUUGCAGCUCCUACAGCCAAAGUGGUCUCCAUUAACGGUACUCUCCGCCAAUACAGCGUUCCCGUUUUCGCCUAUCAAGUCCUUGAGGCUGAAGCUGCAUCGAAUUCCUCUUCAUCGGGAUCAACUUCUUUCUUUCUAUGCAAUUCUGACUUGCUUUCCUACGAUGAUUUCAUCCCGCCAUUGGAUUCCGACGCUCAGCUUUCCAAGGAUCAGUUGUAUUUUGUUCUUCCAAAGUCGAAGCUCCAAAACAGGCUAACCGCUUCUGAUAUGGCAGGUUUAGCUGUGAAAGCCAGCUUAGCCCUCCAAAAAGCUUCCAGCAAAGAUGGGCGCCGCAAGAAAGCCAGGAUCUCUCCUGUAUUCUUACUCUCCCAAUCCCCUUCAGAAUCUGUCGCUCGUACCGGCGUGACUAAAACUAAUAUUCUUGGCAGAACCCCUCCUCCUCUAGGAUAUUCUAGAUCUCGAUCUGUCAGAAAAUUGCAAAAGUACGCUUCCAGACGAGCCAAAUUGGCUGUUCGCUCCUUUCGACUCGGAUUAAGCACUAUUUAUGAAGGGACUGCAGUUGUCUAAGAUUUUAGCUAGCUUCAUUUUUGAGCAAAGAACAGAGAAAACAAUGGCAGGAUUAUGUAAAUUAAUUGUGUUUGAGCUUCGAUGUAAAUAUAUGCAUAAACUGAAAAUGCGGCUUUCAUUUCA